UUGAUGAGGCGAAUCCGUGUGGUUUGCGUACACGGUUAAUAAGAUCAAACUAAUUCUCAGUCAUUGCAUCUGUGACAAUGGGCGGAGCAGUAGCUUGGAUUCUAAUGGUAUCAGUACUUACAGUGCUCUCGGGUGGUGUGGAGGGCAAGCAGAGAGUAUGUUACUUCGGUCAUCCACCGGAGCCUGAUACUGAUAAUCCGGAUGACUGGAUGAAGCAAGUCAUGCAAGAGAUACGGGAGCGUUGCCCGGGAAGGAGGGAACCUACCCAAGCUGGUCAUACUACGGUGGGAGAGGAACCUACCCCAGCCGGUCAUACUACCAUGGGAAAGGAACCUACCACAGCUGGUCAUACUACCAUGGCAAAGGAACCUACCCCAGCUGACCAUACUACCAUGGCAAAGGAACCUACCCCAGCCGGCCAUACUACCACGGAAAAGGAACCUACUCCAGCUGGUGAUACUACCACGGGAAAGACACCUACCCCAGCUGGUCAAAACAUUGGUACAAACACAAGCGUGGAUUCCGCGUGUAUGAGUCCGGAGCCCCUAGGUCUUGAAGACGGAACCAUUCCUAGCGAUCGCAUCAGGGCGAGCGGUAGUUCUAACUGUUGCCCGGCUGAGGAUGGACGUCUCAACCUUGAAAAUGGUGGAUGGGAACCCAAAAGGUCCGCAGAUUCCUGGAUCGAGGUGGACCUCGUUAAUAGUACAGUGGUGUUGGGCGUCACCACACAAGGUUUUAACCAAUGGUACGUGACGCAAUACAAGGUGGCGUAUCAGAAGCUGUCCUCGUCCAACUAUGAACACGUGACGGAUGGAAACGGAGAUAUCAAGAUCUUUAACGGUAACACUGAUGGGGUCACCCUCGUCACCAACCUGUUUAACGAGAGUGUGGUGGCAACGGUAGUACGCAUUGAACCUACUGCGUGGAACAGCGACGUUAAUCUGCGGUUCGAGGUGCUGGGAUGCUUACCUUGACUACUUUGGAUUCUUGAAAUUAAAAAGUAUUUAUAUGCUAUAACACUAAAAGCUUAGCAGCAUUGCAUGAUAUGAAAUAAUGUAGGCUUUUCAACUGUGAUUAACUAAUACGCAGGGUCGAAAAUACAUUCAACAAAGACAGCGAUUAUGAUCAGAUUUAAAUCUAUGUCAGUGUCCGCCACGACUUCAUAAAUAUGUAUUAAAAAAUGAUCUGCAGUAAAAAAAAAA